AAUCAUGAAAUUUUUUUUGAAAAAUGUUUUUAUUCCCAAGAUAUCUGGAAAAUUAUAAAUACCCAACUUUUGGGUAUAAAUGGGUAAAUACCCGGGUACUUACCCAAUUUACCGGAUAAAUACCUUUUGGGCAUUUGCACAUCGCCCAUCUCUACCCAUGCUGGAUCGCAGCAAUCGUGGGGCCGUGGUCUCCUUCAUCAUAUUUUGGACUUACAGAGGGGGCCCUUGGUUGCACAUCACGGAAACAAUAGAGACUUUGUAAAAACUGGAUUAAAGUACACAAAAUGGAUACAAAUGUGAGUGAACACAUUCCCAAAACAACAAAAGUGAGUGUUCUAAGCUGGGAUUUAAUCUACGGUGAGACCAAGUAAUGAGCAAAAACAACAACAACAACAAAAAGCUAACAUAAAAACAAGAUUGAAAGAUACAAAGUGAGCUGGAGAAGAAGAAGGCAAUCAUAAACAAUUUUAAGAAAACAACAGAACUGCAGGGGAAGAGUUCAUGGAAAAGAAAGGCAAGACUGCUCCAUUCAGAUUCAGUCCAGUGUACUAGAAGUCGUAUGGAAUUGUAAAACCAAGCUCAGUGUUGGUUUGCCGGCUAAAGAGCAUGGUUUGGAAAGCGGAUCUAAAGGUCUAGCAAAAAGAAAGGCGAACAAAAGAAACAAAAACUUCUUAAUCAUCUAAAAUGGCUAUACUAUGGAAAUUAUUGGUGUUAUGGCUCAUCUCCACUGUUGCAACUUUAGUCACCGCUGGGGAGAUUAAAAAUGUUUUGCUCCUGCUGGCCGAUGAUGCAGGCUUCGAGAUGGGGGCGUAUCUCAACAAGUAUUGCCAAACGCCGAAUUUGGAUAAAUUGGCCCGUCGAGGUUUACUCUUCAACAAUGCCUUCACUUCGGUAAGUAGCUGCUCACCCAGUCGUGCGCAAAUUCUAACCGGCCAGGUUAGCCAUGCCAGUGGCAUGUAUGGCUUACAUCAGGGUGUGCACAAUUUCAAUGCCCUGCCGGGCACCCAUUCGCUGCCCAAUGUCUUAAGAGAAAAAUCCCAGGGUUCCAUACUCAGUGGCAUAAUAGGCAAGAAACAUGUGGGCACUGGCGAAGAUUUCAAAUUUGAUUUUGAGCAAACCGAGGAGCAACAUUCCAUUAAUCAAAUUGGCAGAAACAUAACCCGCAUGAAACUCUAUGCCAGAGAGUUUUUGAAGCAAGCCCAAGCCGAAGCGAAGCCUUUCUUCUUGAUGAUCUCCUUUCAUGAUCCUCAUCGUUGUGGUCAUAUCACCCCUCAAUAUGGAGAAUUUUGUGAGCGUUGGGGCUCAGGAGAGAUAGGCAUGGGUAGCAUACCAGAUUGGAGACCCAUCUAUUAUGAUUGGCGUAACUUUCAGGUUCCGCCUUACUUGCCAGACACCGAUGUGGUUAGGCAGGAGUUGGCUGCUCAAUAUAUGACCAUGUCCCGCUUGGAUCAGGGAGUGGGCUUGAUGCUAAAGGAAUUGCAGCAAAUGGGCUUUGAGGAUAAUACUUUGGUCAUAUUUACCUCGGACAAUGGGCCACCCUUCCCCUUGGGUCGCACCAAUCUCUAUGAACAUGGCAUAAGGUCACCCUUUAUAAUGAAAUCUCCUCUGGCCAAGGAUCGCCAUUUGGAUACCACAGGAGCCAUGGCAUCAUUGCAGGAUAUAUUCCCCACUGUUUUGGAUGUUUUCCACUUGAACAAUGACAAUUCAUCGGCCAGCUCCCUAUACAGCAAAUCUUUGCUGCCUCUUUUACAAACAGAACCUCCCGCGAAUGAGGAUGAUGCUGUUUUUGGCUCCCAUAAUUAUCAUGAAAUUACCAUGGACUAUCCCAUGCGUUCGAUACGCACUCGCCGUUAUAAACUCAUACACAAUCUCAAUUAUUGGUCCUACUUCCCCAUUGACCAGGAUUUCUAUACAUCACCCACUUUCCAGCAGAUAAUUAAUGCCACUCUCAAUCAUCAACAAUUGCCUUGGUAUAAAAAUCUUUUGGCCUAUUAUCAAAGACCCGAAUGGGAGUUGUACGAUAUCAAAGCAGAUUCCUUGGAACGCUUUAAUUUGGCCGAGAAACCCAAAUAUAAGGAGAUUUUGCAAAAGUUGCGCCAACGCCUAUUGCAAUGGCAAGUGGAUACCAAGGAUCCUUGGCGUUGUGCCCCGCAUGCUGUACUGCAGGAACAGGGAGUCUUUAAAAAGAAUCCGGUUUGCUUAUCAUUGGGCCAUGAGGCCAUCAGUAAGCCUUUGACUCGUUAUGAGAAAUAUGUGCUGAUUUAAAUUGCGUUAGCGCUGGAUGGAACCUUUGGUAAUUAAUCUGCAGUAUUUUUGAUAUUUUUUUUAAAUUUUGGUCAAUUUUAAUAAAGUGUAUAAAUAAAUGCUUAUCUAUAUCUUAUCUUAUAUAUAAAAAUCAA